AUGAGCAGCGCGACCGGCCUCCACAUCCUGCACGACACCGGUGCGCCCGCAGGGAGCAACGACUACACCACGCUUGUCCUCCUUCACGGAUACAUCUGGCACAGCGAGAUCUUCAGGCCCCUCCUUCCCCUCGCCCGAACGCACAAUGCCCGCAUCCUCUGCGUCAACCGUCGCGGCUACCCCGGCGCGCGCCCCUACACCCCCGCGGAGCGCGCACCGCUCGAACACCCGCCCGGGCCUGGCGCACCCUUGGCGGAGGUCGCGGCGUUCCGCGCGCGCGUCGCGGCGUUCUACCGCGAGCGCGGGCGGGAGCUGCAUGCGCUCCUGCUCGAGCUCGCGCAGGGGGGCCUGCCGAAGGCGGACCGCGGGCGGAACCGCGGCGGGAUCGUCGUGCUCGGGUGGUCGUUCGGGACGACGUGGAUGCACGCGAUGCUCGCGGACGUCGCGGCGUUCGACGCGGAGGCUGGGUCGGAGAUCGACUUGGGCGACUACGUGCGCCGGGUGGUGCUGUACGAACCGCUCGUCGCGCUCGCGGGCUACCCGCCUCCGCGGGACGCGUACAACCCGUUCGCGGACCCGGCGGUGGUGAUCGAAGAGCAGCAGGAGCUGCUGAUGAACUGGAUUAGCGGGUACUUUCUCCACGGCCCCGACUUCUCGGAUAUCGACACCCUGGAGCGCCGCCAGCACCUACCCGUGCCGCGACCGACGUUGACGACGAUGAGCGUGGAGACGGUGGGUGAUGUGACGCACGCCCCGGCUGGGAGCCCGGGGGGCGCGGACCACACGAUCCUGCAGGCUGGGCUCAUGGCGAACGUGUAUCCCAAGCUGAGGGAGCGGAUGCUACGGCUUCCGGCGGAGAAGAGGGAGGAUGGGAAGAUGUGGGAGCACGUCGAGGUGCGGGUGGUUUGGGGCGAUAUGUCGAUCUGGGAGUCUCCGGGCGCGGUGAUGUAUUUCAAGAAGGAGCUGGAGGACGCGAAGAAACGGGGCAUCCGCAUGCGCAGCGUGACAUUUGCCCGGGUCCGGGGGGCGAACCACCUUGCGCAUUGGGACUUUCCAGAGAAGACGCUGCGUGCGAUCCUGGGGACGUCUGCGGAGACUGAGCUAGAGUAA